AUGUUCUCUGGAAGGAAAGUCCCAGGUGGAGGACCAGCUCCAUUACUUAUUAAUACUGAACGAUCAACAUGCCAAGUUUUAAGUAUUAUAUAUAUAUUAACAUCAACAGUAUCUUUAAUAUGUUUAAUAAUUCCAAUUUUUUUUACAUUUUCAUGUAGUGAUCAUUAUGCUUUAAUAUUUAUACAAGUUGUAUUAUUUUUAAAUUUUAUAUGUAUAUUUGUAUUUAUGUAUUUAGGGGUUAUUCAUAACGGAUCAGAACGUCAAUAUCUUAAACUAAUAGGUAUUGGAGUAAUAAUAUUAAUAAUACAAUGUGGUAUAAUGGCAUUUGGAUUAUAUGUCAAUAUUGCAUUGAUUUUAGCAAUAAAAUCUCAACAUAUAAAAUGUAUUACUGAAACUGAACUAUAUUUGAGUAUUUCAUUAUUAAACUUAUUACAUGCAACUACAACAACAUUAGCAGCUUUAAAACUCCUUUUUAAAUUAUUUCAAUCCCUUGUUAAUCAAUACAAAACUUAUGAAUCAGUUGCUUGA